UCGCGUGCUUGGGUUUGAAACAAGUCUUUGUCUUGUAGUCCUGUUCAUAUGCUCGGUGGGCAGCACAUGUAGUUCUCACUGAUCCAGUCAGACUCGUGAUGCUGUCAUCUCGCGAAGGUAAUAUGCUCUAGAUUAGAUGCACGUGAUGUUCAGGCUGCAGCUCCACUCCGCGCUUACAUCUCGAAUUUUCCAACGGCUAUCCCCAGUUCUAUCUUGAUGUUCGACACUUAAGGUUUACUUGCUCGUUCAAGAGAGUCGGCAACAAUCAAAACUUGUGGCUCGCAAGCCAAUCGAGCUUUGUCGAGUCUUUGGUUCACCGCUUGAACAUCUCACAACUCGCUAUUCGACAUUCAUCGCGCCUUCCUCACGCGCAUCAAAAUUGUCAUCCACCACCAUGCUUGCUGAGACAGAACUCAGCAAGCUGGAGGGCCAACUCGCCAACUUCAACAUCUCGACAAAGGCUCGCCAAGAUGCGCUAGAAGAACUGACCCUCUCAUACGGUCAACUUCUUGAAGAUUAUCGUACUUUGCGCAGUGACUACGAAGAGGAGAAGGAGUCACGCGAAAAGUACAAGAAGCUCGCCCGCGGUCAAGAGCGCAAUCCUUUUGUGCUCGUUCUCGUCGACGCCGAUGGCUAUGUUUUCGAAGAUUCUCUUAUCAAAGGUGGUGCCGAAGGUGGUGUGAGAGCAGCUAACCUCCUCCAUGACACCAUUCGAGACCGGCUCUCACGAUAUGGCCGUGAGUAUGAGAACUGCAAAGUCAUGGUCCGCGCAUACACCAAUCUUGCUGGCCUGUCCAAGACUCUCGCACGUGCAGGUCUCGCCGGAAACGAGGCACGCUCGCUGAGUCCUUUCUGUUCCAACUUCACGCGUGCUCACGACCUCUUCGACUUUGUGGAUGCAGGUGACAAGAAAGAAAAUGCGGACAACAAGAUCCGCGAGAUGUUCCGUCUGUUCAUCGAGAACAACCAGUGUAAACACAUAUUCUUUGCCGGUUGUCACGAUACCGGCUACUUGAAUCUCCUGACUCCUUAUAUUGGCAAGAACGACAAGAUCACACUUGUCCAUGGAUCGUCGUUCAGCCCUGAGUUCAACCGCCUUGGUCUCAAUAUUGACAGUCUCAAUGGCCUGUUCCAUAACAACCCUCUUGAUGGUUUGGAAGCUCGACGUCCUAACAAACCUCCUCCAGCCUCCUCGCAAUCUAUGGCUAUGUCCAACGGUCAUUCUGGAUCUGCUCCUCCCAGCACACCCAUCUGUACACAUUACCUACGAGGCACUUGCAAGUUCGGAAACGGCUGCAAGAAGUCGCACUCGACCGGAGGAGACUCGUGGCGUCCGAAUGAGCACACCUCUGGUCGUGAGUUUGCUCAUAGAAACUCUAUACAAUCAUCGUUCUUUCCACCGCCGGCCAGUUACAACACUCCGGUACCUAGUAGUACGGGUGUCGACUCUCCGUUGUCCGGUAUGCCACUAACAUCUCCGGGAUAUGGCUCUUCUGCAUUCCCUCCAGCCUCUCCAUCUAUGUCACAUGUGCAACCCUCUGUUGCUCUACCCAGACAAUCACCGGAGAACGCCAAUCUUGUCCCCGUCAACAAAGACGGCCAUAGGUUGGACUUUUACCUACAAACACCAACCAGCGAGGACUGGAAAGCUUACAAUGCUCGAGUUACUCAGCAAAAGCUUUGCAAUGAACACCAACUAAAAGGAUACUGCAAGAAAGGACAAGAAAGCUGUGGGUUUGACCACAGCCCUAUCUCUGAUGGCAUCAAGCUCGUCCUCAAACAUAUGGUUCAUGAUUAUCCGUGCGGUCGCAAAGGAGACUGCCGCUUCAAGAACUGCAACAUGGGACAUAUCUGCUUCCGCGAAAAGUGCGGCGGCUCAAGUGGUAAAGGUGCCUGUAGGCUGAACCGCUUUAUGCAUGGUAUUGAUCCUGUCGUCGCUCAGUGGGUGCCAGCUGUACAAGAUAUGGAAGUUUACAACCCUGAUUCUUUCGGCAUCACCUCUGGCGAGAAUAACGUUGGCGAGGAGAACGACAUCACCUCGCAUGCGACCAGCGAUCCACCUCAAAGCGAGAACGGUGUCAACCUGCCUUUUGAUCCAGAGCCGCACUCGAGCGACUUGGAUUAGUUGUCUGAAACGCUUGAGCAACAGCGACUCGAAGUAUCCCCACGCUCCAAGAUCAAGUCACUGACAUUUUCGAAGCUGGCGGUUAUGAGAGCCGAGGCCAAAGCUAAGGGAGAAGCUAAAGACUAAUCCACUGAGCUGGUUUUUUGAUAAUGCUGUCACCGAUCAUACAUCUUACAACAAAUAUGUCGAACGACUACGACGAAACGUCAAAGCAAGCAAAUGGCCUUGCUUUGAUGACAUUCUGCCCAUGACUAGGAAGAAGGAAUUAUGGAGCAAUGGGUGCUGCGAAGACGAAGGAAGUC